CAGAGAUAUCUGUAGAGAGAGGUUCCGCUGUAUAAAAGUGCUGUGAGAAAAGAUUAAAAAGUUCCUUUCUUUUGCAGUACCAAUUUUUCAUUCCUGAUAUUCGAGGGCUGUUUCUGAAGGAUGGCGGACAUGUUCACACAUCAGCUGUACCUCUGGAAGGAGAGGAUGAGGAUGUAGUCAGUGAGAGAAAGAAGAUAGCCAGUGGAGCUACCAGUAAAGACUAUGCUGUCAUCAUUAAAGAUCUUGUCAAGGAGUACAGGAGGAGACUGGAUGGUUGCACCGUACGGGCGUCCAAGUUGGCAGUCCAGGGAAUAAAUCUCACCAUCCCUCGUGCCGAGUGCUUCGGCCUUCUCGGAGUCAAUGGUGCCGGAAAGACCACCACGUUCAGCAUGCUGACGGGAGACAUUACUGCCACCAGAGGAACUGCACUCAUCUCCGGUUUCGACAUCAGAACUGACCUCAGAAAGGUCCAGCAGAGGAUUGGCUACUGCCCUCAGUUUGAUGCUCUGCUAGAGAGGAUGACAGGGAGAGAGCUGCUGACCAUGUUUGCCAGACUCAGAGGCAUCCCCGAGGCCCUCAUUAAGGACGCAGUGGAGGCCGAGAUAUCAAGGCUCGAUCUCUCGAAACACGCCAGCAAGCAGUGCGGGAAGUACAGUGGAGGUAACAAGAGGAAGCUAAGUACUGCACUGGCUCUGGUUGGGAAUCCUCCCAUCGUCUUCCUGGAUGAGCCCACGACAGGUAUGGAUCCAGCGACACGUAGGUAUCUGUGGGACGUCCUGAUCAGUGUCACCAAGGAAGGCCGCAGCAUCAUCCUCACUUCUCACAGUAUGGAGGAGUGCGAGGCUCUGUGUACUCGACUGGCCAUCAUGGUGAACGGACGCUUCAAAUGCCUCGGAGGGAUCCAGCACCUCAAAAACAAGUAUGGCUCGGGGUUCUACCUGCAGGCCAAGGUAUCUCUUGGCGAACCUCCUUCUGAUUUAGAGCCACGGAGUCCACAGUCGAGAUCAUUCACACGGUCUUUCAGGAGACAGACCAGCCAGCAGAGUCAGCCGCCGCAGAGCCCGACUCAGACCAACAGUGACGGCGGCUUUGGCAGUGACCCAGAGAGGAGUGUGAAGAGCAUCACAUCUCCGGGGAUUUCCCUUGCCGGAGAGGUCUUCAAUCCGUUUGCCACGCAGGCUGUGAACAUUUUCAUCAAGGAGACUUUUCCCGGCGCUGUCAAACUGGAGGAACACCAGGGCUCAGUGACAUACCAGCUGCCGAGUGCAGACAUGACGUGGUCCUCUGUGUUUCGACAGAUGGAGGCCAACAAGGAGAGGCUGGGAAUUGUGGACUACUCUGUCAGCCAAACCACUCUCGAACAAGUGUUUAUAGACUUCGCUAAAGAACAAGCCGAGGAAGAACAGUAAUUAUUAUGCAUGAACUAAAAUUAUUAGGCAUUACGUAAAAUUAUGACAUCAUAAUAUAGUUUGAUCACGUGCGCCGGUGUUAACUCUUUCCCCACGACGACUUGGAAGGGGAAAAUGGCGAGAGUGACGUGCAAAGGCGUCUUUCUCUACCUGAGAGUGUCCGUACUGCUGGGUCUACACGGGGUGUUUGUGGUCCUGGCUCUCAUCCGCGCCCUCUCCGCCGGCCAAGACGGCUCUCUCAGCUGGUACGCCGUGUUUUCGCCGCUAUUUAUCUUCGACGGGAUAGCCGUCGUCUUGUGGGUAAUCUACCUCUUUACCUACCUCGCCGUGAAACGAGACGAGGACUCCGUGUGGGCUGGCAGGAACUCGCCCGUUUUCCCCGGACAGCACGUAUCACUUCGCUACCUCAUUGCCUUCGCUCUGGGCCUACCGCUCAAGUUGGCGGCGGAAAUACUCAUCGCGUUGCAUCUCGAAGGCGACGGGGGCAUACGCGUGUACGUGCCCGGCGUCCUGUUGAUGGUUUUGUUCUUAGAGAUGGCGCUAGUGGCGGGUUACGAGGCCCUGGCGCCACUGCUAGGGAUGUGCUGGUCCAGUAUUGAGCGAGACGUCGAGUGCGUCGACUGCGAAAAUUGCGGGUGUCUGAACUGCCUCGGAUAUACAAACAUGUACUGUCGCCGUUGUCUGUAUGAUGUAUGUUCAGCCUGUAGGUGAAUCAAAUCACAAAAUGCCAUGAUUUUCAAACAACAAUAUACCUUGCUUUUUUAAUUUGCACACGGGUGAUGAUUAUAGCACUAUCACGGGUAAUGAAGAUAAUUCAACACCAAUGUUCUUGAUAGUAUAUCUCUAUGUCCUCUAAAGUCUUUCCUUUAGUCUCAUGAAUGAAGACAAUUGCAAAUACGGCGGCGAUAGUAUUGAGAAAGGCAAACGUCCACCAAGCGAACCAGUCCCUAACAGCCUCCGAGUACUCCAGGUAGACACCAAUCACUAGUGCAGCAGAGCCCCAGUUCACGAGAGUAGCUAUCCCACUGGCAGCUCCACGGACCCUUACUGGAAUCAGUUCAGAGAGCAGGACCCACGGAACAGGGCCCCAGCCGAUGGAGUAGGCCACCGCAAACAGUACUGCACUGGAAAUAGCCAGUGGAGCAAACUGGGUGUUGAUGCAAUUCUCAAACAUGUCCCCCGAACGGGCUUGUAGAAGAAAAUCUCCAGUAGAGUUGUUGGAACCCACAGAGUCACAAGUUGAAGGACGGGUGAUGAAAUAGUGAGCUCCGAGCAUUGCUGAUCCGACAACCAUACCGAUGCUACUCAAUACUAGCAGGAAUUUCCGUCCGACAAAGUCGAUGACUAGGAUGGUGAGGAACGUUGCCACCAGUUCAACUCCACCCACUGCAACCAGUGCCGUCAGCUCUGGCUCAGCCACUCCUGCACUCUCAAACAACAGUGCAGCAUAAGUCGACAGCACGUGAGCACCGCCAAUCUGAUGGAAAAACAUCGACAGCAUCACCAGGACAAUCGGAAUCGCGAUGUGUCGUUUCGUCGACAUCUCCUUCAUCGCUAGCCACAGACUCAGACUCUCAGCCUCUUGUAUUCUCUCAACCUCUUGUUCGACUUUGACACUCGGACCUCUGAGCCACUGGAGUACUUUCACGGCCUUUUGGUGCUGACCGUGAUGAAUCAACCAGCUGGGACUCUCCUUCAGCCAGACUACCAGGCACUCAAACACAGCAACAAUCCCAACAGCCACUAGUGAGCUGUGGAAGUAAGUGAUCUUGGGGAUUGAGCUUAUUCCGUAGUUCAACACGAUUCCAGUAGCUAUGGCUAUUUGAGUGAAUGUUC